UCACUGCCACUCUUUGCUAGUUCUUUAUAAUACGCGUACCGUUUUGAAAUGUUUUUAAGUACUCAAAAAAAGUAAGUGAUGUUACCAACAUAACAAAACCAUUUUUCUGUUACCUAUAUGAAUAUUUUUGUAACAUUCAUUAGAGGAUGUUUUAAUUAGAGAUUUAUUAGAGCAUUUAUAGUCAAUAUGAUCAUAGUGCAACGAAACUAGCACCUAAAGAAAAAUAAAUAAUAGAUUGAAGAACAAAGUGAUGUGAUGCGAUCUUCUGAGUUCUGAUAUUAGAUAUUUGUAUAGUUGAUAGUUGUAUGAGUGAUGUGACACCGUUGUAGCAGGUGUAAAAGGUCAUGAACCUCAAUUAAUUUUAUUCCCUUAAAAACUUAUCGAAUUGCUAAUACACAAUAUAAUGUGAGUGGUCUUGUAAGUUUCUGUGUUGAUUAAUAAAUCAAACGAUGCGAUUUAUUAUCAAAACUAAAGCAAAAAAUAAUUUAGUUUGGUUAAGUAAAAUAUAAACAACUAUGGAUGUAGAACAGGGUAUAAAAUUAGAAAUGUUCGGAGAUAGCAAACAGAGAAAUAAUAGUAAUAUGUGCCUCACUAUUGAAUUAUGUGUCGUUUGUGGAGACCGUGCUUCUGGAAGGCAUUAUGGAGCUAUUUCUUGUGAAGGUUGCAAAGGAUUUUUUAAAAGAUCGAUCAGGAAGCAGUUAGGGUACCAAUGUAGGGGCUCCAAAAAUUGUGAAGUAACAAAACAUCAUAGAAACAGAUGCCAGUAUUGUCGUCUACAAAAAUGCCUUGCAUGUGGAAUGCGUAGUGAUUCAGUACAACAUGAACGUAAACCAAUAGUUGACAAAAAGGAAUAUAUGAAUAACUCUAAUUCAAAUACAAACAAUGUAAACAAAAUAUUUAUUCGCAAAGAUUUGGCUACUGAGUCUCAAACUCUUCUUCCACCAGCCUUCAACCCAUGUGACUUAGGCUUAUCAUUUUUUAACAAAAGAUUGGGUAAUAGCAGUUCCUCAGAAAUUCCCUAUCGUAUGUCACCAAGCCAAACUAGUUUAGAAGAUGAAGUUUCUAUGGAUAGUACAAACACAGGAAUAGGUGAACUGAGUGAUGCAUUGUGUAUGGCUCGUGAUAAACAAAUAAUUUCAAAAGCCCUAGACACUAUUGCAAGGGUUCAGUGUUUAAAUGGAAAUGAUUAUUUAUCUCUUACAGCUGAAGAGAAUCCCUUUGAAAUAGAUGAACCUGUAAUUCAGGAGCAGCAUGUGAUUUUUAAUUUGCAGAUACCUGGUCCUGUUCCCCCUUACUUAAAUGUACAUUAUAUUUGCGAAAGUGGCUCAAGAUUACUCUUUUUAAGUAUUCACUGGGCAAGAAGUGUUCCUGCUUUUCAGUUGUUGAGCUAUGACAACCAAAUAACUCUUUUAAAGGGUAGUUGGGCAGAAUUGUUUACAUUGGGUUUAGCACAAUGUUCACAAACAUUGUCCUUAUCUACUAUACUCUCAUCACUAAUAAGUCAUCUACACACCUCCAUCGCUCAAGACAAAAUACCUGCUGUUAAGGUGAAACAAGUAACAGACCAUAUAGUAAAAUUACAAGAAUUUGUCACAUCUAUGAACCGCAUGAAUGUUGAUGACCAUGAAUAUGCUUAUCUAAAAGCAAUAUCUUUAUUUUCUCCAGACCAGUCUGGACUUUUAAUGAAAAAACAAGUAGAGAAGAUCCAAGAAAAAACCUUCCAAGCUCUUAGGCACUAUGUCAGUAAUAAUUUCCCAAAUGAUGAUGAUAGGUUUCCAAGAUUACUGCUACGUCUUCCAUCAUUGCGUGCCUUGGAUCCACAAAUAUUAGAGGAGUUGUUUUUUUCCAGCUUAAUUGGUCAAGUGCAAAUUGAUAGCGUAAUUCCGUACAUUCUGCGAAUGGGAAACGGAGCAGUUAGUGUGUGCACCAGACAAGUAAAAUUGGAACAACCAGAGGAAUAUUUGUGCAAAUAAUGUUUUAUAUUAAAUUUAUACUAAAACCGAAUGUUUGAAUAAUGAGUAUUCGUGAUAAUAACUUUAUUGUUUUUAUUUCUUUUAAUGAUUAUUUGUAUAGGAACUGUUGUAUGUGGGGUUGCAAUUUGAGAUAAUAUUACGAAUUUAUUUUUAUAAAGAAACGUUGAUUAGUUUUUUGACAAAUGCAACGUACGUUUACUGUAAAUAAAUUUUAGGUAGACAUAUAACUGUAAAAACUAUAAUAAUUUGUGCUAAAGACUACAAUAGUCCAUAACGUAGAUUUUUUUAUUUUAAUUAUUAACCGAUCAGCUUUGUACUUUUCUACAGUAAUCGGAAAAAAUGUUCAAGUAUUUAGUGCAAUGAGCACAUUUGUGAUAAAAUAGGUCUGUGCCUUCGAAAAUUUCAAUUUCUUCAUGUCUAUUGGUUUAGUUAAUUAGCACAGGAAAUAUUUAUAUUUCUAAAAAUUGCCAGA